AAAAGCGGUCACACUGGCCUGCUGCUGACAUCUAAGGCUGUGUUUUCAUUCUCCCGACCAAGCAGAUUAGAAACUGCGUGGAAAAGUUUUCAAAUAAUUACAAAUUAACUUUUGUUAGUUGGUGUAGAGUGCGCCACAAAAUAAUGGCUGCCAUAGUGCUAACUAGGAACAUGCAGCUGGCCAAGCAUCAUGGCAGCGGUAUCGUUGGUGUGGUAUGCCUGCGAAGCUACAGCGCCGCCGCUGCUCCGCCCGAUCCAGAUGCUCCACGCCCACUGAAGACAACAAAUCUGGCUGCCAUGAAGCGCGGCACAGGCGGACGCAGCAGCUUCAACGGGAUUGUGGCUACGGUGUUCGGUGCCACCGGAUUUGUGGGUCGCUAUGUGUGCAACAAACUGGGCAAGUCAGGCAGUCAAAUGAUUUUGCCAUAUCGCGGUGAUGAUUCCGAUGCGAUUCGUCUAAAGGUUUGCGGUGACUUGGGCCAAGUGCUGUUCCAUUUUUACCAUCUCGAUGAUCCGCGCUCCAUACGCGAGGCAGUGAAGCACUCGAAUGUGGUCAUCAAUUUGGUUGGUCGUGACUACGAAACGAAGAACUUUAGAUUCAAGGAUGUCAAUGUCAAUGGAGCUGCGCGUCUGGCUAGCAUUUGUCGGGAAUCCGGCGUGGAGCGUUUUAUACAUCUGUCUGCGUUGAAUGCUGAGGCCAAUCCUAAGCCUCAUUAUAUCUCCGGCGGCAGCCAAUGGCUGAAGACCAAGUACGAAGGCGAAUUGAUGGUGCGCGAUGCCUUCCCGAAUGCCACCAUCAUCCGUCCGGCCGACAUUUAUGGUUCCGAGGAUCGGUUCUUACGCUACUAUGCACACAUCUGGCGUCGUCAGUUCCGCUCGAUGCCACUGUGGCACAAGGGCGAGCGCACGGUGAAGCAGCCUGUGUAUGUUUCGGACGUGGCGCAGGCGAUUGUCAAUGCUGCCAAGGAUCCAGAUACCGCCGGCCGUAUCUACCAGGCUGUGGGACCCAAGCGAUAUCAGCUGAGCGAGUUGGUUGACUGGUUCCAUCGCCUGAUGCGCAAGGAUCAAAAGGGUUGGGGCUACCAGCGCUAUGAUAUGCGCUGGGACCCCACUUUCAAGCUAAAGGUGAAACUCACCAACUUGAUUUGCCCUGGUGCCCCCAUUGGUGGACUGCAUCUGGAUCGCGUUGAGCGUGAGGCCGUCACUGAUAAGGUGCUGCCCGGCGUGCCAACGUUAGAAGAUUUGGGCGUGCAGCUAACGAAUAUGGAGGAUCAGGUGCCCUGGGAGCUGCGUCCAUAUCGCGCUGCUCUGUACUACGAUGCGGAGUUGGGCGAAUUCGAGACUCCGUCGCCGCCAAAAACAAUUGCGCCACGCGAUGAGAUGCGUCUGUUUGCUUAAACGUUGUGAAUUGGAAAUUCUUAGUGCGUCUAUCAGUUAAAAUAAAUUGUCUACAAAUUAAA